UCAAGAUGAGUUAAAUGAUAACGAAAAUUUAGUUGCAAAUAUAAAUUUAAUUUAGCCGAUGAAGAUUUCAUUUGUCUCAAUUUGAACAUAUUCGGUCAAUGUUUAUUUGCGAACCAAAUUUCGCAGUUGUUGCUAUCUUUUUUCAAAUAGUCAUUCAUGCUGUCGCGACUCGUAAACUCUUUGCCGAACGGCUUAUCUCAGCAAAUAACUAAACUAUAUUUUCAAGCUCUUGUCCGGAACCAGAGAGGGACUCACAGUCAGGCAGAAUACCAUCAGUUCAAAAACAUGGAUGUAAAAAUCUUACCAGCGCUUCAAGACAAUUACAUGUACCUUAUCAUUGAUAAGGCUACAAGAGAAGCAGCCAUUGUGGAUCCUGUUGAUCCUAAGUCGGUUGUGUUGGCUGUGCAGGAGCAUAAUGCUAAUUUGACUACUGUGUUGACUACUCAUCACCACUGGGAUCAUGCUGGAGGCAAUGAAAACUUAGUCAAAAUGGUCCCUAACCUGCUAGUGUAUGGUGGUGAUGAUCGCAUUGGAGCAUUAACUAACAAGGUUCAACAUCAGAGCAAGUUCAAUAUUGGCAAUUUGAAUGUACAGUGCCUUUUCACUCCAUGCCACACUGCAGGUCAUAUCUGUUACUUUGUCAGUGCCCCUGAAGAAGGGAGUGAUCCUGCUGUAUUUACUGGAGAUACUCUAUUUCUUGGAGGUUGUGGUAGAUUCUUUGAAGGCACUGCUGACCAGAUGUACAGAGCUCUAGUGGAGAUUCUGUCCAAGCUCCCAGAUCAAACCAAAGUAUUCUGUGGCCAUGAAUAUACACUCCAAAAUUUGAAGUUUGCAUCCUUUGUUGAGCCCGAAAAUGAAGAAGUAAAGAAGAAGAUUGCGUGGUCUGAACAUAUAAGGACGCUAGGAAAACCAACUGUACCAUCAACAAUAGCUGAAGAAAAAUUGUACAACCCUUUCAUGAGAGUGAUGGUGUCUACGGUAAUGCAGCACGCCAAGACAACUGAUGUCAUUGAAACCAUGAAAGCAAUCAGACUGGAGAAGGAUAAUUUCAAGGCAUAAACCAAACCAAGUGAUGAUAGAAAGAUAUUUUCAUAUAUUUUUAGCAAAUGUGUUAUUUAAAUUAAACUUCUGCAUUUAAAGUAAAAUAUUUGUAAUAUUGAUAACUCUAGUAAAGCUGUUCAAAGCAGGUAUUUCUUCAGCUCAAAUAACAAUUAUAGGUUGUCGAGUAUCCACCAGGGGCCCAUUUCUCAAACGGUAUUAGUCU